AUGGACGAGGAGUUUGAGAAACACCGCAUCAAGGAGCUCCAACAGCAGCGGAUGCUAGUACAGAAAAAAACCUUCACCAACUGGAUAAACCAGAUUCUGUCAAAAAACCAGGUGAAGAUAUUCAUUACUGACAUAUUCACUGAACUGAAAGAUGGCAUCGCCCUGAUUGCCCUACUGGAAACCAUCUCUGGAGAGACGCUGAGCAGACCCAACAGAGGCAGAAUGAGAGUCCACUAUCUGGAGAAUAACAGCAGGGCCAUUGCCUUCCUGAAAACCAAGAUCAAUGUGGAGCUGAUAGGUCCAGAAAAUAUUGUGGAUGGUGACCGCACCCUAAUCCUGGGUCUGAUCUGGAUGAUUAUCCUGCGCUUUCAGAUUUCCUCUAUCACUCUGGAGGAGGAUGAAUCUGAUAGCAGCAGUGCCAAGCAUUCUGCUAAGGAGGCUCUGCUGAUCUGGUGCCAGCGUAAGACAGCUGGGUACAAGAACGUUAAUGUCCAGGACUUCUCCUCCAGCUGGAAGGAUGGAUUGGCCUUCAAUGCACUUAUUCACGCUCACAGGCCUGAUCUGAUCAACUAUAAGAACUUAAAACAGAACAAACCAAUACAUAACUUAACUAACGCCUUUGUGGUCGCGGAGGAGAAGCUUGGAAUUCCCACACUCCUAGACCCAGAGGACGUGGCUGUACCUCACCCAGAUGAAAAGUCUAUUAUGACCUAUGUGUCUCAGUACUACCAUUACUUCUCCAAAAUGAGGCAGGGUCAGACUGGACAGAAGAGGAUUAUAAAGAUUAUUGGUCUCCUGAAGGAGAUUGAAGACCUCAAACUUGAAUACCAGCAACUGGUGACUGACCUGCUGCGGUGGAUCAAGGACAAGGUGAGGGAGUUGAACGACCACUGCUUCCCCAACUCGCUGGUAGGCAUGCAGAGGCUGGUGGCGGACUUCAAAAUGUUCCGCACCGUGGAGAAGCCACCCAAGUAUCAGGAGCGAGGGCUCAUCGAAGCGCAACUCUUCAACAUCAGGACGAAGCUGCAAGCCAACAACAUGUGGCCAUACGUACCCCCUGAGGGGAAGACCCUGACUGACAUCGAGAGGCACUGGGCCAACCUGGAGAAGUCGGAGUACGAGCGGGAGAAGGCCCUGCAGAAAGAGAUGCUGCGGCUGGAGCGCCUGGAGCAGCUGGUGCGGAAGUUCAGGAAGAAGGCUGCGCUGAGGGAGUCCUACCUCACCGAAAUGAGGUCAGUGGUUGCCAAGCAGGACACCAACGUGAGGAGCAUCAAGGAGGCCGAGGCUGCCGCCAAGAUGAUGGAGGCCAUCACCACCGACGUGUUCGCCCGGGAGCAGAGGUUCAAGACCCUGGCUGAAAUGGCAGCGGUCAUUGAGAGGGAGAACUACCACAGCAAGACUGAGAUCGUAAAGAGGCAGCAGAAUGUUGAACGUCGCUGGCAAGACCUUCUCCAACAACUCUGUAAAUGCAGAGAAUCCCUGAACAAGACCACGUCUGCGCUCACCUUACUCCAAGAUAUUAACAGCAUUUUCGAAGAAAUAAUGACCAUUCACGCCCUGGUAAGCUCGAAUGAUUACGGUAAGCAUCUACUUGAUGUGGAGGACAUGGUACACAAGCACAACCUGAUCGAUUCUCAAAUUUCAUCUCACGGAGAGAAUCUGAAACACAUCAAUGAGAAGGCUGACCACCUCAGCAGGAGCAGUGAGCUGAACACUGACUUGUUUCAGGGCAAACUUAAGGAGCUCAAUGAUGCUUACACCAACCUCCUGGAACUCAGCAAAGUUAGGCAUUCUAAACUAAAGCAGCAACACCAAUUGUUUGAGUUUUUCCGGGACUGUGAUGAGGAGGAGUCCUGGAUUUUCGAGAAGUGGCAGUUGGUGCGGACAGCAGCAUUAGGCCGUGAUGUCACCCAGAUUGCAGUGUUGAUCCAGAAACACAAGGCCCUGGAGUCGGAGGUUAACAGCCACCAGUCGAUAUGUUUCUCAGUAGUGAGGAAGGGCCAGCAUCUGUACCAGCGAAGUUUGGACUGCGAGAAGGAGGUGAGGAGAUGGGUCAAUACCCUCCAGAAGCAAUGGCAGCAGUUAAAGGAUGAGGUUGCAAUGAGGAACUCUCGGCUGCAGGCUGCACUGACUAUCAAACAGUAUUUCGCAGAUAUCAACGAGGCCCGCUCCUGGCUGCUCGAGAAACAGCCUCUUCUGGAAAGUGGGGAUUGUGGAAAGGAUGAGGCCAGUGCUGAUGCCCUCCUGCAGCGUCACAUGCGUUUGGAGAAAGAGAUAGCGGCAUAUUCUGGUGAAGUGAAGCGACUGGGUGAUUUGGCAGCCGUGGCCAUACAGCAGGUUCCGUUAACAAUGUGUCAGGCAGAGAACCAGGAGAGUAAAGAGACUGAGAGCUGCUCAUCUGACGAAGAAACAAUAGGAGUGCAGACUUCACUGAGACAACGUCAUCAAGCCAAGACUGAGAAGAACAGCCCGAAGGUUAAUCUCCUGGAAAGUCGGACAGCCCAAGUGCGCAGGCAGCCAGCGGGCACACGGGGCAAGAUAUCCCUCUCAGUCAGUGAGCCGUCGGUGGAGAGUGAGACCACCGUUGACCAUCCCCAGGCAGACAGUCCAAGUCGGAGGGUCAACAAACCACGGAGAAGCCGGUCCAUGCGCCGUGGGACAACUGAGAUCCAGUACUCCUCACCCAGCCGUCCUGACGAGGACUUCAACAGAGCAACAAUCGAGGACAGCCAGAGUGACAUCAACUCCUCGUACUCUGAUCUCUGCCAGCAGGCCAAGGAUAGACGGAAAGCGCUGCAGGAAAUGAUCCAGCUCUAUCAGUUCUAUAACACCUGCAAUGACUUUGACUCCUGGAUGAAGGACAAGGAGAAUGGUUUCAAAACAUUUGAACCCAAGUCAGAUAAUGUGGAAGUCAUGCAAAGGAAAUAUGAGAACUUCUUGACAGAGUUGGCUGCUGGGAAAGGCCGGCUGGAUGAGAUUAACCAACUGGUGGAUGAGUUUGUUAAAAACCGACAUAGCAAGGAACAAGAAAUCAGAGCAAAGCAGCGUGAGAUGCAUACGAGGUGGGCACAUAUGUUGGUGCUGAAAGAGGAGAAGGGGAGGGAGCUGAUCGGCACAGCGGACGUCAAGUCAUUUCUCCAGAAAUGCCAAGACACGACAGCCCUGCUCCAAGAGAAACUGACCUUGCUCCCUGACACUGAGAUCAGCAACAGCAAAAAGGCUGUGGAUGAAGAGAGGCGUAAGCACGUUGCAUCAGAGCGGGAGAUCCAAGCACUGGAAACUCGAAUCGAAUACCUGACCAAAAUGGCUCGCUCGAUUAAGGACACCAAUCCUGCAGAGAGUGCAGCGAUCAUGGAGCAGGUUCAUGAGAUGGAGGCCCUGCUGCACAGGGUGAAGGGUCAGGCCUCGCGGAGAAGGCAGCUCUUGUCGGACGCUUACAACCAGCAGCUGUACAGCCAGGAGAGCAAGGAGCUUCUCCUGUGGGCUGGGAACAUGAAGGACAAGCUGAACAGCAAGGAGAUGGGAUUCGAUGUUGGCUCUGCUGAAAACCUUCUGAAGGAACACAAUGAUCUACUGCUGGAGAUCAACGCACAUAAAAUCAGGUUUGAGAAGUUGCACGAGCUGGGAGAUCGGGUGAUGAAGGGGAACAGUGUGGGUGAGGUCCCUCGCACGAUGCAGAAAGUGAUGGAGGUGCAGGCAGAGCUGGAGGCUGCGUGGAAGGAGCGGAACGCGAGGCUGCAGGAAGGGCUGGAGCUGCAGCAGUUCAACCGGGAGGCGGAUCGCAUCGAAGCGACUCUGGCUGGUCACGAAGCCUUCCUGAAGAUCAACCAUCUCGGGGACAAUGUGGAUUCUGUCAGCAGCCUGCUGAAGAGGCACGAAGACUUUGAGAAUGUGCUGAAGCUAACGGACCAGAGAAUUCGGGGGCUGCAGGACAAAGCCUCCAGACUCUCCAAAAAUACCAACUACACUAACGUAAUCCGGAAGAGGGUGUUUGUGAUCAGCGAUAAGUGGGCCGAUCUCAAUCGGAGUAGCAACUACCGGAGGAGCAGACUGCUUGCUUCACAGAAACUCCAGGAAUUUAACAGAGAUGUAGCUGAGCUCCUGAUGUGGAUCGAUGAGAAGUUCAAAAUUGCCUCGGAUGAGUCAUACCGGGACCCAACAAACAUCCUCCGCAAACUGAAGAGACACGAGGCUGUGGAGAAGGAGGUGAUGGCAAAUGAAGUGCGAGUGGACGACCUGAGGAAGACAGGCAACAAUCUGAUCGAGGAGAACCAUUAUGCCAGGGACAAUAUCCGAUCCUGCCUGGCGACAUUAAAGGAGAAGUGGAUGAAGCUCUGCAAUAAGCUGGUAGAGCGUGGGGACAAAAUGAGGCAAGCUGGCCAGCAGGAGCAACUCAUGGAGCUACUACAGGAUGCCAAAACAAAACUUGAACAGAUCGAGAAGAUGCUGCAGAAUCCCAACACAGGCCAUGACCUGCGCUCCAGCAGACUCCUCCUGAAAGAGCACAAGUGGCUGGAGUGUGAAAUGCGUGAGCUCGCAGAGAAAAUGAACAGCAUUGUCAACCGGGCCAGGAAGGUGGCGACAGAUCACUUUGACUCUCAGAGAAUACUGGAGCAGACUCAGAAACACCUGGACUGGUUUGAAUCGCUCCAGAAGCCCCUGGAGGAGAGAAGGAAGGUUCUAGAAGCGACAGUGGCUCUGCACGAAUUCUACCACCACAGUGACCUGGAGUUGAAGUGGAUCACUGAGCGCAUUCCAAGCUGCACAUCGUCGAACUACGGCAAGUCCCUGGACACGGCCCAGAGCCUGCUGCAGAAGCAGAAGGAGUUGCAGGUUGAGGUGAACACUCACAAGCAGCAGGUCCAGAAGGUGCUGGAGAUGGGCCAGCAGAUGAUCAGCUCCCAGCACAACACAGCCCAUGGCACUGAGGCCAAGUGCAGAGAACUGCAGAGCCGCUGGGAUGAGCUCGAGUCAGCUUGUGGUGACCGGAGGAAAAAACUACAACACUCAGUGCGGUUCCACCAGUUCAUCGCAGAUGCAUCCGAGCUGGAAGCCUGGGCAGCAGAAAAACUUCAGCUUGUGGUGAGCGAGGAUUAUGGGAAGAACGAAGCUGCCACUCUGAAACUGAUUAAGAACCAUAAGGCUCUGGAGCGGCAGAUCCAGGAUUACCAAGGCCGUGCGGAGGAGCUCCAUCAGAUUUCUGAGGGUCUUCUGCUCAGAGGACUCAUCACCUUUGACAUGGUGGAUGAACCUCAAGAGCAGAUUCGAAAGAGGAUGAAGGAACUACAGGAGUGUUCGGCAGUCAGGCUACAGAAAUUAGAAGAGACAUUGCGAUUCCAUGAGUAUCUGAGAGAAAUCGGAGAACUGGAGGUGUGGGUCACACAACAGAUGCAAACUGCCAGCUCUGAGGACUAUGGCAAUGACUAUCAACAUGUGCUGCACUUGAGGGCACUGUAUGAGGUCUUCCUGCACCAGGUGGAGGCCGGAGAAGAGAGGAUCCUGGGGGUUCAGACUUUGGUGAGCAAGCUGCUGGAAAAUCAACAUCCUCAGUCCCAGGAAAUCACACUCAGGAAGGAUGCAUUAAGGGAUUUAUGGAGCAGUUUGCAGGAACGAGUUCAUACCCGGGGACAGAGGCUCAGUGAUGCAGAAGCAGUUCACAAAUGCAGCCAGGACCUCUGUGAUGCUUUGACCCAUAUCCAGGAGAAACUGAAAAGUUUUCCUGAUGAAAUUGCAAAGGACCUGCGGGGUGUUCAGGCACAACUGCGGAGACAUGAGGCCCUGGAACAUGAGCUGUCUGGGGCCGAACAGCAGCUGCAGGCGUUGGUGGAUGCAGCUGAUGAGGUCCUGCACCAAUGCACUACACAGCAGAGUGCGGCCCUACAGGAGAAACAGCAGGCUGUUGUGGAAAACUGGGAGAUGCUGAGAGCUAAAGUGGACCAGCGGAGAGAAGACUUGGAACAGGCCUGUAAAAUCCAGAGGUUCCUGGCACAGGCCCGGGAUUACUUCUCCUGGUCGGCUGAGCUGCUGAGGGAAAUGAAAGUGGAGGAAGCAACACGUGACAGUUCCAUGACGGAUUUAAAGCUGACCCAGCAUCAGCAGCUCCGAGCAGAAAUCGAUGCCAGGGAAGAGACCUUUGAGCAAGUCAUGGCCUUGGGUCAGGAGAUCCUGCACGAGUCCUAUCCAUCACAAGACGUUCGAGAUAAGGUCACUUCUCUGCAGGAUGAGAAGUCAGGCUUGUAUCGUCAGUGGGAAUUGAAGAGGAGCUGGCUGGAGAGGAUGUUACUGCAGCAGAUCUUCUACAGGGACAUCAGCCAAAUGGAAAAGCUCGUAAAUUCUCAGGAGGUUUACCUGAGGUCCAGUGAACUUGGGACAUCCGUGGACACCGUAGAUUCCCUCAUCAAACGGCAUGAGGCUUUUGAAAAGCUUCUCAUAACCCAGGAGGAAAAGGUGAUGUCACUGCAGGAACAGGCAGGCAAGCUGAGAGAAGAGGGUUUAAAGCGUGAAGAUGCCAGUACCAUCCAGCAGAAACUUAACAGCAUCCUGGACAGGAGGAAUCGGAUUAAAGAGCUGUCUCAGAGCCGCAAGAGAGACCUGAGCACUGCCCGCCUGCUAGCCCGGUUCAACCAGGAUCUAAUUGAGGAAGAAAGCUGGAUCAGUGAAAGGAUGAAGAAGUUAAAAGACAAUUCCUCUGCAGAUGUUAGUGACCUGCAGGCCAAACUGAAGCUGCUGCAGAAACACCAGGCCUUUGAGGCAGAAAUCCUGGCCCAUCAGGCCAUCAUUACGAGUGUUACUGAGACUGGUGAGCUGCUGCUGAAUGGACAGCACCCUAACUCCAGUGAGAUCCGGCGAAGCAUGAGGGUGCUGCUGGAACACUGGGAGCAACUGAAGACUGCGGUGGCUGCACGCGGGAAAAUGCUGGAGGACAACCGGGAUUUCCUGGAGUUCCUGCAGAAAGUUGAUCAGGUUGAGGCAUGGAUCAGGGAGAAGGAGGUAAUGAUCAAUGUGGGCGAUGUCGGCAAAGACUACGAACAUUGCCUGCAGCUGCAGAAAAAGCUCAGCAAGUUCCGGGGAGCAGGGGAUGUGACAGUGGACGAUGCACACAUCAAGACCAUCAACACCCUGGCUACCCGGCUGGAGAAGCAGAAUAAAGACGACAUCAGGACUGUCCAGCAACGCAAGCAGCAGCUGAACCAAAAAUGGGACAGUUUCCAGGGAAAUCUGAACAACUACAAGAGAAAACUGGCAGCGGCUUUGGAGGUUCAUGCCUUAAUCAGAGAAAUGGAUGACCUUAAAGAAAGAAUGGGUGAAAAGAGCUUGUUGAUGCAAGGUCUGGACUAUGGCCGGGAUGUGGAGAGUGUGGAGAAACUGAUGAGGAGGCAUAAAGAAACUGAGCUGGAAAUCACAGUCAUCCAGGACAAUGUGGAGGUGCUGGAAGUUAAAGCCAGAGAACUGUGCAAGAGCCAGUCUCCAGUGGGUGAUAAGCUCAGCCUGAAGCAGAGAGAAAUCCAGGAGGGCUGGCUUCGACUACAGAAGGAAACCAAGCUGCGGAAGGAAAAGUUGGAAGCCUCAUACCAGCUGCAGAAGUUCAACAGGACUGUCCGGGAACUGAUGGACUGGGCACAGGCAAUGGAAGAACCAAUGGACCAAGGAAGUCUGCCCAAGAGUAAGCAAGAGGCAGACGCCAUGAUAGAGGAGCACCACGAGAGAAAGACUGAGAUCCAGGCCAGAGUGGAGCGUUUCGAUGCAGUCAGGAACGUUGGUGUUGAGUUAGUGGCUGCAGGACAUUAUGCCUCGGCAGACAUCAGGCAAUCCCUCACAAUGGUGGAAAAGACCUGGACCACUCUAAAUGAGGCUUGGCAGGAACGCAGUACCAGGCUGGCAGAAGCCAGUGAUCUACAGGUAUUCUAUGGUUACGUGGAGCAGAGUGAGAGCUGGCUCAGCAACAAGGAGGUGUUCCUGGCUAAUGAAGAUAAAGGGGAUUCCCUGACGAGUGUGGAAAAUUUACAGCACAAGCUCGAGCAGUUUCUAAAAACAGUGGAAGCUCAGAUGGAAAAGGUGAACCUGAUGGAGAGGUUUGCAUUACAGCUGGAGCAGAACAACCAUUCUGACUGUGCGCAGGUCAUCCUCAAAUGCCAAGCUGUUCUGCAAAGAAAACAGAAGUUGCUGGAAAACUGUGAGAAGCGCAGGAGGAUCCUGGAUCAGUCCAAGCAGCUGCAGAUGUUCCUGAGAAGUUCAUAUGAGGCUAUUUCCUGGCUGAAUGAGAAGAUCAGCAUCACCGUGGACGAGAGCUGGACAGAUCCCAGCAACCUGCAGGGCAAGCUGCAGAAACAUCAGACCUUCGAGGCUGAGGUCAUGGCCAACCAGAACAGGAUCCUUAGCAUCGCCACGGAAGGUGAGCAUAUGAUUGAUGCUGGGCACUAUGCUGCAAAGGAGAUUGAACCCCGGAUGAAGCAAAUUCAGAAAUUGUGGAAUGAACUGCUGGAGAACUGCCAGGAUAAGAGAUCCAAGCUGGUCGAUGCACACAAGGCUCUGAACUUCCAGCGGAGUAUUGACGAUGUAGAGAACUGGCUCAGUGAGGUGGAGAAGCAGUUGGAGCAGGCCGGGCAGCCGACUGACCUGGUAUCUGUGAAAAACCUCCUGAACGAGCAGCAAGACCUUGAAGAGGACAUCAACAGUUAUGUGGAGCGGAUGCAGUCUCUGCUGGAUCAGUCUGAGGAGUUUGUCAGGGACAACCACUUCUUGGCUGAGGAAAUUCGGGUCAGGGUCAGCGAUAUACUCCAAAGGUACCAGGCACUGCGAGAUCCCAUCAAGGAGAGGCGCCGGGUCCUGGAGGACAGUGCCCGCCUCUACCAGCUGUUUCGGGACCUCGAUGUUGCCCAGGCCUGGGUCCAAGAGAAACUGCUGCUGGCCACAGCCAAGGAUGUCGGGCACUCACUGACCGCAGUCCAGAGCCUGCACAACAAACAUCAGGCUUUGGAGAAUGAGAUCCGUAAUCACGAUUCCCUGAUUGAGCCGGUGAUGGAGUGUGGACAGAGUCUGGUAAAGGCUGGGCACUUUGCUGCUCGCGAAAUUUCCAAGCGACUGUGGGAGCUGCAGGAUGCAGUGGAGCUGCUGAAGGAAGAGGCAGAGAAGAGGGGUUCAGCACUGAGAGAGCAGCAUGUCAUCCAGCUUUUCCUCUCAGAGCUGCUAGAAACUGAGCUCUGGUUGAAGGACAGGAAACUACAGUUGGAGAGCUCCGACUACGGGAAGGACGAGGAAUCCACGCAGGCUCUGCUUCGGAAGAUGGAAAAUAUCGAACUGGAUCUGGUCAGCUACAGCCCCAGGAUGCUCAAACUGAGGGAAACUAGGAAUAAUCUUUCCAGCAUCAGCCAUCCUGACAGAGAGUCCAUGUUGAAGAAGCAUCUGGAAGUGGAAUCAGAGUAUGAUUUGCUCCUGAAGUUAGCAGAGAGUGUACAGAAAAAACUGGAAGACCGAUAUCAGCUGUACCAGUUUGAGCAGGAGGUCCAGGAAAUGACUACAUGGCUGGCCAGUCGACAACGUCUCGCCGAUUCCCAGGAUUACGGGCAAGAUCUGGAGGAUGUGGAGGUACUGCAGAAGAAGUUUGAGAACUUGGAGCAGGAGCUGAGCACCCUGGGCCAGAACAAGAUGUCCACCUUUCACAAUAUGGUAAAGACACUGAAGAAGCAGUCUCACAGCUUCCUGUCAGAAAUCAUGGAUCAGGCCAAUACCAUCACCCAGCAGUGGCACAAACUUCAACAAGCUAUCAGGAACCGGGCCGAGAAUCUGAGGGCAGCACAACAGGUACACCGAUUCGACUAUGAUGUGUCUGAGCUGAAGGCCUGGAUUCAGGAGAAAGAUGGCGCACUGGGCAAUGACCACUACGGCCACGAUUUAAACCAGGUGCAGACGCUGCUAAGGCAACAUGAAGGUCUCGAGAGGGAGCUGGGAGCCAUAAACCGAGAAGUUGACCGUAUUGGCGGAGAAGCCCGGAUGCUGGGUAUAGCGUAUCCACACGUCAAGGGCAACCUGCAGGAAAGGCUGGAGGAGGUGGCCGAGUGCUGGGAUAACCUGUACCGGAAAGCCGGAGAGUGCAAGGAGAGGCUGCUGCAGGCUGAGCAAGUGCAGGCUUAUGUGAGCGACUGUCGGGUUUUCCUGGCCUGGAUUAAUGAGAUGGACACACUACUGGACUCAGAGGAGCAGGCCAGGGGAAUGCUGGGAAUGGAGCAGCUCUGCAAACAUCACGAUGAGUAUAAAUGUGAGAUAGACAAGCAAAGACCCAAAUAUGAAGAGCUGAGAAGUGUAGGAAACGAGCUGAGAGAGAACACACACGUCAUGUCAGAAGAGGUUGAUGAGAAGUUGAACGAACUGUCUGAGAAUAUGGAUGAGCUGGUGAAGAAGUGGGAGAGGCUGGAGGAGCUGUACCAGAAGGAGCUGUGGAAAGAGGCACAGCUCAGGGAACUCGAGCUGCUGGCUGCUUGGCUGAACUCCAAGGAGGGACUUGUAACAAGCAACAACUAUGGGGAUUCUGUCGACGAAGUGGAAGACUUGAUCAAGAAGCAGGAGGACUUUGAGAAGAUGCUGGCAGUUCAGAAUGAGAAGAUUGGCCAGUUGGAGAAUACAGUAAAGGGAGAAGGAUUCCGAGCGGAGACGAGUGUGAAGGAGAGAGAACGCAAGGUGGCCCGUGUUCCCUCCCUGAAGAGAAGAGGAUCCGAUAAGAAGCCGGCGCCAUUGAAGAUCAGUGAAAAACGCAGAUCAGACCUUGGGAGGUCCCCGAAAUCCUGGACCAAAGAGACAAUUGUAAGCCCAGCCCCAAAGACCCCAACAACACCAGACCUGUUCUUCUCUCCAGUCAGAAGGGCUAUCCAGAGAGGUCCAGACACUGCAGAGGACAGGAGACGGUCUUUUGUCCAAUCACCUUUGUCACCAAAGUCCUCCAGCCUUCACAGUCCUGAAGCAGUGAGGGCUUUGAAUUCAAGGGCUGUCUCACUGCCAUCCAAACUACUCGCCCAGCUCUCGUCCAGCGAGGGGCAAGAUCCAACCUCCCUGGCUCAAGGUGGCAUCAGCACUGAGGCAGCUAUAGCCCAAAGCCCUCCAACUUCUGCCGAUUCCUCCCAAGGAGAGCUUCAUCCAGAACAGGCCACAGCACCAACUGACAGGUGCCAGUUGGACCCUGCGACCAGCCCAUUGGAGAUACAGGGGCCUACUGGCCCUGGGGACGCAGAGCUGUUAUCACUCACUGAGGCUCAGCAGAGUCCUCAGCCAUUGAACUCAACAGCAGCACCGACGAGUGAAAAGAGUGUUGGCUUGAAGACCAACCAGGCUAAUAGCCAAGCUAGGCAGCCAAGUAUGCUGAGGCCAAUAGACCUGACUGGGGCAGCCAACUCAGGACCAGCUUUUAUCCCAUGA